AUGUAUCCGCGAUACCUCGUCGGUGUCCUGACGACCGCCUUAGUGGUGGUCGGCUUGUGCGACCUCGGACGUUUAGAUAUGCUAUUCCAAGGAGACGGUGAAGCUUUUAAUGUCGGCCGCUUUUUGGAAGAAGUAUCCCCCUACGCCUGGGCAAACAUUGGCAUUGCAAUGUGCUGUGGAUGCUCAGUGGUUGGCGCUGCAUGGGGAAUCUUCCUAACGGGCUCUUCGAUUAUCGGCGGCGGUGUGCGCGCUCCCCGAAUCUGUACCAAGAACUUGAUGUCCAUCAUCUUCUGCGAAGUCGUCGCCAUUUACGGACUUAUCGUUGCGAUUAUAUACUCGGCGAAGCUCGCUCCAGUUCCCGACAGCGAGCUCUACACUCAAAGCAACUACUAUACCGGAUACGCUCUGUUCUGGGGAGGUCUCACAGUCGGUCUGUGCAACAUGAUCUGUGGUGUCUCAGUCGGCAUGAAUGGUAGUGGAGCUGCUCUCGCGGAUGCCACUGAUCCUAGUCUCUUUGUCCGCAUUCUCAUUAUUGAGAUCUUCAGCUCCGUUCUGGGCCUGUUCGGGUUCAUUGUCGGUCUUCUCGUGGGUGGCAAGGCUGCAGACAUCGGUGCCAUGUAA